AAGUCUCCGGUGGUACUUUAUUCCGCUAUAUGCAAAACGAGGCUAUAUAACGAACCGGUAAUGAUCGGUCGUCACCAGAUCGAAGUAGACUAUUUAAUUGGUAAGUCGUUUGAAAAAGCUAAAAGUCUGUAAUUUUCUCGAUCCUCGGCAGUGUACCGAGACCGUUAAAGCUACAACAAGUUUAUCGACGUUUAGAUUGUGUAAAAGAAUUGAGAAAUAUUGGAAAUACAACCGUUUAUUUUGGGCCGGAAAUCAUCAAAGCGAAUACAGCUGAAUUUUACGUGUGGACAAAAUUCAGUAAAUAUACAAGGAACCGAAAUCUAAACAUCCUUAUACAACAGAUACAGCCAGAUGGGUACCAAAUACUAUACUGGGUAUGUUUUGUGUGCUAUUUUAAAGUAUCUUUAAAGCAUUUUAUGCCAUUUCGUAACAAGCUUUUUAUAGUCGUUAAUAAUGAAACUACUAUCCUGUUGUAUUACGUAAUAAUACAUGCAGACAUGCUUUACAUUUCAAAACAGCGCUAAACGGUGUUUUGCCUAGCGUUUGUUUAAUAUACCUCAUAGAAUACAAAAAGGGGUUUACUAAACCGCGUAUUAAAGGAAGCUGUGUUAUUUUAAUGUUCUAAUGUUAGUAUUAAAUGUACAACAUCAAAUAGAUGACUUGUCCGCCUAUAUAGCCUUAGGUCACGUGCAAGCAAGAAGAAGCAUCGCGUGCAAGCGAUUUUAACUAUUUUCAUUCCCUCCUUCUUCGUAAUCGCCGGAAAUGCUUAGCUAAGCGAGGCAACAGUUGGGAAUUUGCGCAAUAGUUGCUUGUAGUUUCUUGCUAGCUGAAAAGGACGAAAACCACAAGGCCGACUGCAUAUUUUUGAAGCUAUUCACCCCUGAUAAGCUUGACUGAUUGUUCGAUAGCAAUGACGUCAAGCACUUGAGAGGGUUGAAAAUAGUUGGAAUACUGAUGAGCAAUUGUCCAAUCCAAUUACAUGUAAGAUGUAGCAUUGUAUAGAUUAGGUUUCCCCUAAAACCUGACGAACACCAGUUGUUUGCGAAAUUGCUACAAAAGCAGUCAAUGCAUUUGAAGAUACCUGUUACUGCUACAAUAAUUGCAUGUUUACAUUUAUCUUAUAGCUAUUUUUUUGCAAUAUUUUUAAACAUCCUCUCUUUAUCAGAUUUCAUUUGACUUAGGUUGCCCAAUACCUUUUCCUGUGUGACAUGACAUGUUCUUGACACUUACACAUUUUUUUUAUCUUUGAGAUGGGGGCCUAUUAUAGGGGUCAGCCUUUCUGCAAACCGCUGCGAUUUUUUUCUCCUUUACCUUUAACCGCCAGUAUUUCAUAAAAGUGUUAUCGGCCAUUUUUCUGGGACUGAUAGCUAAACAUAGAUUUAUUUUCAAAAAUAUUUAUGAAGGCUGAUAUUUAAAAGGAUCUCACAAACACAAAAUUGUUCAGACUUCAAACUUUGUAGCCUUAGCCUGACUUGGUGAUACAUUUGUUUGAGACAAGAGAAAUAAUCGUCAGAUUUUGUUUUCUGAAGCCUCUAGAUGGCUGUUCCAAGGCCUUCAAAGACCGCAAGAGUAUGUGUGCAUGCAAUUUUAAAACUGUCGUCCUCAGAUUAAAUGCAUUUACAACCGAAAACCACAUCAGUGUUCACGUUGAUAUUUUCUAGAGAAAGUCAUUUGUAUGCAACCUGAGAUUGGCAGUUAAUUGGAAAUUUAUCAGUAGAAACUGUUAAUUUUGAACAGUAUUCAUUAAUUUUCUCAUUUUAUAUGUCAUUUCUGAAUUUUUUGCACUUGAUUCAAAUGCCUUUCUUUCAAAUUCAUCUUUCAACUUUGUCAUUCAGGUUUUCUAGGGGAGUGUGGGUCGCCUACUUCAGGGUUCAUUUUGUUGUGUAUUAAUGAAAACUGUGAAAUUUGUGGUUGCGUCUGUGGUUUUUGGUUUGCAAUUAUAUGAUUGUGGGAAACGGCAAACAUUCAAAUGAAAUUUGAUAUUUAUUCCUUUGUUGAGGUCUGCUGACUAGCAUUUAAAAAUCGUGUGAACUUUGGAAAAGAUUUCUGAACUCAUAUUCUAUUUAGUUAAUAAAUUAUUAGUUUAAUUGCAAUUUCAACAUACAUGUGUAUAGGCCAAAAAAAAGAAGACACAUUGAUUUUAAAAGAAAUCGUAACCUUAUAGGUUAAUGAUUUUCUAGUAUUGCUGUCCCUUGGUUUAUGAAUUCUUUACAGGUUUUGAUUUUUUUCUCUGUGUUUCAUAUGGUAUAUGUGUUAAAAACGUUCUGUGCAUGCAAUCACUAAUGCAAAAAGGCUCUGAAUAAUCUUGGGUGUCCUUUUGCAUUUACAGUGCAGUCUUUAGUCACAAUAAUUAAUAAUGUUUGCUUGAUGUAUAUUGUAUGCAAACAGCUGCAUCUGAGUUAGCUUAUAAACUGAAAUUUGACCAGUUCCCUUUGUAAAUAUAGUCUUAUAUUACGUAUCUUGCAAUAUUGUCAUUCAGGUUUUCUAGGGGAGUGUGGGUCGCCUACUUCAGGGUUCAUUUUGUUGUGUAUUAAUGAAUAGUGUUAAAUUUGUGGUUGCGUCUGUGGUUUUUGGUUUGCAAUUAUAUGAUUGUGGGAAACGGCAAACAUUCAAAUGAAAUUUGAUAUUUAUUCCUUUGUUGAGGUCUGCUGACUAGCAUUUAAAAUCGUGUGAACUUUAGAAAAGAUUUCUGAACUCGUAUUCUAUUUAGGGAGCAUUCAUUUUUUAGCUGGGGGGGUGGGCCGGAGGAAUUUGGGGGUGGGUCAGCAAAUUUUGACAUGCUUCAAAGGGGUGGGUCUUUUUAUAUUUUUGGUAUAAAUGGAGGGGGUCAUAAAAAUAAUCAGUGAAAAAGUCACCAAUAUAAUUUUAUAGAAUUUGGAAAUAUUUGGAUGAAGAACGGUAAAAAGGUCUACAAACUAUCAACUAUCUCGUCAUCUUUAACAAAGAAGCAAAAUUUUGUUGGAAAACAUUUCCAUGACGUUUGUCAAUUGACCUCGUUUUUAUCCGUUUUUGUGUGAAAACAUGAAUGAAAGAAAACGCAGGACCGUAGCAUGAUUUCAAAAUCAUGCAUGGUUUCAAAGUCUGCAUGCAUUUCAUCUUAACUUUUAUCAAUUUUAAGCUUUAUUAAUUUUAAGCGGCUACAUUAUCCAUGACAAACUGCAAAGAAUGAAGAUAGUACCCACAGUUUCCUGCAACUUAUCCUAGUUAUCCAAUAUAUAGUUAAUUAAAUACGUGUUCGCCCAUUUAGUACUACCAAAUUGUCAAUUUCGACAUAUUAAAACGCUGUUUUCUGACCAUCAGAAUUCUGUCAAAUCUUCCCCAAAGUCCAGGAAAUGGCAUUUCAGAGACUCUAGAUUUAAAAAUUUCCUCGGGCCUUCGGCCCUCGCUUUCAGCCCCCCAAUCAAAAAGAGCUUCCUACGGCCCUGAAACGCUACGGAAACGACACCGUGUGGAUUAUUAAUAGUUAGGAUGAGGGGUCAAAAAAAUUUUCAGUAAAAACAAUAGGGGGUCAUAAUUUUUUAUCAACUUUUCUCUUGGGGGUUCCAAGUUUUAGCAUGGAAUUAGACAUCAGUUCCUCCGGCCCACCCCCCCAGCUAAAAAAUGAAUGCUCCCUUAGUUAAUAAAUUAUUAGUUUAAUUGCAAUUUCAACAUACAUGUGUAUAGGCCAAAAAAAAGAAGACAUUGAUUUUAAAAGAUUUUAACCUUAUAGGUUAAUGAUUUUCCAGUAUUGCUGUCCCUUGGUUUAUGAAUUCUUUACAGGUUUUGAUUUUUUUCUCUGUGUUUCAUAUGGUAUAUGUGUUAAAAACGUUCUGUGCAUGCAAUCACUAAUGCAGAAAAGGUUCUUAAUAAUCUUGGGUGUCUAUUUGCAUUUACAGUGCAGUCUUUAGUGACAAUAAUAAUAAUGUUUGCUUGAUGUAUAUUGUAUGUAAACAGCUGCAUCUGAGAUCUGAGUUAGCUUAUAGACUGAAAUUUGACCAGUUCCCUUUAUAAAUAUAGUCUUAUAUUACGUAUCUUGCAAUAUAGGCUGAAGCUUUCCAUUAUACAUAGUUAUUACAGGCAUUGACUUGUUAUUUUAGUUUUAAAAUACAAGUCAGCAGGGUUUGAAUCAGUUGAGAAAAAAUGAUGUGCAACCUUUUUAAAAUUUUUUUUAUAAAAUUUGAAAUAAAUGACUAGACUUAAAUGAACAUUCAAACACCGGUUAUUAAAGAAACUCAAAUGUUGUUAGAGAAGAUCUUGUAGUUCAAGAGAUUAUUAUUGCUGCUUGAACAUCCUUUUGUUUACAAUUAUUAAUCUAUCACUAGAAAAAUAAUGUGAUUUUGCUAAAUUGUGCACCGUGACUUAUUUCAAUACGUCAAAAUCAUCCCACCUCAAUUCUUGUCCCGGCAAAGCGGGAUCAUGUGAACAGCUCCUUAUAAUUGUCCCUAACCUGCAAGUGGCACAGACUGUCGAGAUUUCAGUGACACAGAUGCUUGUAAUGGUUUUCUUAUCAGGCAAACAAUUAUAGGAAGACACAGCUGCCAACAUGAUGUUUAAUUAAUUGCCAUAUGACUUCAUGUCUGGGCAAACAUUGCCAUUCACCACAAGUCUGCAACACUAAAGUCAGGGACGCCGGAACUGGGGGGGGCAGGAGGGACAGCCCCCCCCUGUUGCCCUUAACCAGGAUGGGCAAGGGGGGCAAAGGUGCCCUUUCAAUUUAAAGGAUUGCCUUGGCGACUUAGCGAAUUGUCAGAAAUGUUAGUGCAAUUCUUUUACGAAUUUGCUUCAGAAAACGCAAGAAAUGCAGUCGCCGCAAUCACCUGGCGGAGAAUCCCCUCACACCCCUAUCAUCCAAUAAAUAGAAAACAUGAUUAGGCGAAGUUCAACUUCCGAUGUUUUGCAAACAUCUCUUAGUAUAUAUCAAUUCAAAAGUGCCCUUUCACGAAAAUCUGCCCCCCUUGCCUUCACAUCGUUCUGGUGUCCCUGACUAAAGUAGUUCAAGGUUGAAGUUCCUAUUUCCUUGGGAGAACUAAUAGUAAUAAUCAUUAAAAGGGUCUGUUGUGCUGUUAAAGAAAAUGCAUUCACGUAAAAAUAUUUAUAUUUACAAACUGUGAAUAAUUAUGAAACACAUUUAAGGCUUGAAUUUAUCCUUGGAACAAUCUAUUGUUGCACCAAAAAGACAACUUUAGAUCAGAUUCACAGGGAACCUGCAGAUGGAUCCUGAGAACCAUUUGCAAUUUCAUCCAUUGUCAUUUUUUUCUCUGUGCAAUUAGCAGUGCUCGAAUUGAACGACUGUGUGGUUUUGAAAAAUAAAUCCAAAGCAAAAUAGCAAAUUUGAGAAUGGUGGGUUAAUUAAAUUAUUCCUUAUUCAUUUCUUAUUUUUCAGACAAGAACACCUCAAGAAGAAGUCUCGUGAUGCGGCAAGAUGCCGCCGUGGACAACAGAAUGACGAAUACUCAGAACUUGCAAGUCAACUUCCAUUCAGUGCCAAGGAAUCGUCGCAGCUUGACAGAUUGUCUGUUAUGAGACUGGCAAAUAGUUUCAUCAAAGUCAAGCACUUUCUAAAAGAUGUAGCAGGAGAAGGUGUGUACAAACGACAUAUCUGGCGUGUUUUAUAUCAUGAAGGUUUUUGUGGUACACACAUAUUUGAAGAUGCUGUACAGUCCAUUUGCACAUAUAUAAGCUUUGUUAUUUUUUAUCCAAAUAAUGAACCAGAGUAUAGCUACAUGCCGUCAUUUUAACAAUUACAUUUAGCCAGCAAUUUCACAAUUUAAAUCAGUAAAAAAUGUAACUAUAAUAUAUAUAAAAAAGAUUGUUUAAAUAACUUCAAAACUUUGCUCAAGAAAAAUUGGGUACCAGAUAAGUGGGAGGAUGUCAUGCAGCCUAAAAUAUAUAUUUGUCUGUUUUUAGUAUGCAAAACAAUGUCAGGUGACUUGCACUUCAAGAGUUUCUAUUUAGCUCAGCUGGCACUAGAAUGUCCCUUAAGAAACUCAAUAUUCUUUAACUCCAGUCUGAACGUCGCAGGAUAACUGAAAUUCUCAAUUUCAUUAAAUUGCCGAAUUUUUUAAUCUCCUGGCUAACAACAACACCCUGUAAAAUAAACGAAGUAGUGAAAACCAUAUAUAUUUUCUCGCCUUCAGAAUAAACUAAAUUAUCAAGGUACUGUAGGAAAUAUAUGCAUGCACGGAAAGGAUUGAACUGCAUCUUUAAGACCUAAUCAAGUCUGCAUGCUUUGCUAGUGUGGCAUUACAAAUUUUGCAAUACUUACAAAACUAAACAAUUAUAGGAAAUUAUGACUCAGCUUGUUGUGUAUAUUUUACUUUAUAGAUCUAAUGUACUUGAAUGGAAGCGAAUCUUACGAGAAUCAAUUUCUUGAAAACAAACUAACCCAGGUAUGCAGCAGUAUUAGGAAUUGUAUUAUAAAAUAUUAUAGGUUUGCUUUAAUAUUAACCCUUUAAGUGGCAAUGCACCCUCCUUUAAUCUGUGGUAUGCCAGAUUAUGACUUACUCCGCCCAAUGCCUGGAAAUUUUACUCAACAAGGGGAGAGUGCUUGCCACUCAAUGGGUUAACUUUAAAUUUUACAUAAAUGUUGAUUUGCAAACACCUCAUCGUUUGUUUUAAAAUUUUCUAGGCUCUUGAUGGGUUUGUGUUUGUCAUUGGACAAGAUGGACAGUUUUUAUACAUUUCUGAUAAUGUCGGCCAAUAUCUUGGUCUCUUGCCCGUAAGUAUUCAUUAAUUUAAGUCAUUAAAUAUCAUCAAAGUUAAAGUCUGGUAACAUUCUUGUCCAUGAAGUAUAUUGCUUACAGUAGUUUAGUUUGGGUACAAAUUGCGAAAAAAGCAAGAUGAAUGCACAGUAUAGUUAAAGAAAGUAGCCAGCAGUAAACCUUAUAACACCUGUGGGCUGGCCAGAUCUCCAGUGGCUUGUUUUGAAAGACUGCAGAUUCUAAAAUACUGUAAGCUCUAAUGCUUUUGGUUGCAAUUACUGAACAUGGCUAAAAACAUUUCAACUUUUCAUUGGAGGUCCUUUCCCUGGCAAUCAACAUGCAAGACGUAUGUCAGCAGGGCUCAGCCAGUCAAUGGACAAUGACUAGCUGGCCAAAAAUGCCUCUUGACCGGCCACUUUUUUACCUCAUCGGUCAUUUUGACUGGCCACAUUUUUAUGCCUUCCAAUGUGAUUGCUGAUGUCUUGAACUAAAACAUGAAACUAUGAUGUAUUGAAACAAGUCUCUAAUAGUUUAAGAACUGUGGUAAAGCAUCAGUCAAAUACAGAUUUUGACCGAGCUAAAAUCAAGUUGACUGGUCAUUUUGACCGGAGACCUACAGUAUUUCCUGUUAUUCCGAGGCUUGGUCAGGAAGUCAUUAACACCCUAAGAAAGGUCCUAUACGUGCUAAUUCUAACAAAGGCAAUGCCCAUACAUUGUAACAUGCUAGCACAUUUGAGGAAUCCCAGUUCUUCAGAUCCUCACAAUAUUUACACUGAUUUUAUAUUCCUAUUCUAGGUUGAAGUAACUGGUAACAGUUUUUAUAAGUUUAUCCAUCCUUGUGACCAUGAGGAAGUUGCAAAGCAAUUGGGAGGCAAAAUACCACUUGAAGAUAUGGAAAUUUUUGAUGGCCUGUUUUGUUCUGACUCUGUUUUCCUGAUGUCAAAUAACCUCAAAGGAGGUGUGUACUUCUAUAAAACUGAUGGUGCUCUAAAUAUAUAAGAACCUAUAGUAUUUCAAGAACCCACUGUUUGAAUAAAUGUUUAAUUAAGCAAAUUAAUGAGCAUUCAGCAAAAGCUUUGGGUAGAUACAAGAAACGAAUGUUGUUUUCAUUCUCACGUAGCUGGCUUUUGAUAAAUUCUUGUAGACAAAGAAUUGUUGUCUGUAUUUUGGAGUUUGGAGGCAGUUCAAUGGACCUUUCCCCUUAUAACUAAAAUUUCGAUCUAGACAAAAAUUUCAUCACAGCUUGAAAGAACAUCACACAAUUAGUAAUAUUUCCAAUGUUUUGUUGCAAAAUCUUGUAAAAUGUGGAUAAUAUAGCCUUGCGAAGUUUGCCGUUUUUCAGUCAUUUUGUAUUACAAAUGGGAAAUUGACAUCCGAUUCGGGUGUUGGGGCUGCAAUUUCCUGAUUGUAAUGCAAAAUGACUGAAAAUUGCAAACUUUGCAAGGCUCAUUUUCCUCAAUUUACAACAUUUCACAACAACACUUUGGAAUAUUACUAUUGCUGUGAUGAAAUAUUUGUCUAGACUUGUCUAGAUCAAAAUUUUGGUUAUAAGGGGAAAGGUCUAUUGUUCAACAACAAUUUUUUUGUCCCUCAUUGAAAAUUUAAUUAAUGAUACAUUGCAUGUUUAUAGUACUAAAUGCAUUCCUGUUUAAUUAAAUAGAAAUGGGAUGUAUACAUAAAAACAAAAACAAUUCCGACCAGUGUUCAUAGAAAUUUUUACAACUUUCAGGAUCUUCGCAAGAUAAUGACAUUGGAACACAACCGUAUCGUUCAUUCUUCGUGCGCAUGAAGAGCACACUUACCAGUCGAGGCAAAAGUGUCAACUUGAAAGCUUCGACAUAUAGAGUAAGUACAUUGCAUUGUACUUCUGUUUGUAAUUAUUGUCAUUUGAUUUUUUAUAAAAAAUUGUACAUUAAAGAUGAUGUCCACUCAUGUGCACAUGUGCAAACUUUGUUUACGUUUUGAACUGCUAUAGUUGUAAAAUAUGAUAUACUAACUGAAUAUCUAACACUUUUCUGGUUCGCUAUACUUGUAAAUGAACAUAAACUGUACGUUUCAAUUGAAAAAAGUUCGAAAGAUGCAAAAUUUGGGCAAUGUUUAUAUCUGGGGGUCCCCCUUUGUUAUCAGCAGAACUGAUGCGCAGAACGGAGUGGACAUCAUCUUUAAACAUAACAACAGAAAUUGGAAUUCCUAGUUAUGCCAUGUAUUUUCUCACGCUAGGUUGUGCAUUGCAUGGGAUGUUUGAAAUUGUGGUCACCUUCAACUACUACUACCAAUAGUACCAAGAAAUGUCAACCAUUCUGUUUCGUUGGCAUUGGUGUACCAUUGAUGUUCUCACCAACCUUUGAAGUACCACUUGAUCGAUGUACCUUCACAAGUCACCAUGCACUGGAUUUCAAGUUUAUUUUCUGUGAGGAUGGGUAAGUGAUUAUGGUAAUAUUUUUGUGGAUGAUUUUCUUGUUUAUUGGACUUGCUGCCCUGGUAUUUAUGGUUGGUGAUGAUGAUGAUGAUGGUGACCAGUGAUGAUGAUAAUAGUGGUGAAGAUGAUGGUGGUGGUGUUGAUGGUGUGUAGGGGUUGUGUGGUGAUGAUGGUGGAGAUAGUGAUGGAUGGUGAUUAUGAUAGUGGUGAUGAUGGUGUGUAAUGGUUGUAUGGUGGUGGUGGAGAUGGUGAUUUUGAUAAUGAUAACCAGUAGUGGUGAUGUUGGUGGUGUUCUAUAGGUGACCAUGAUGGUGAUAGAUAAUGAUGUACUUUCUUUCAUGUUUUCAGAAUACAAGACAUUCUUGGUUAUUCAACAACAGAUGUUGUUGGUCAAUCGCUAUACACUUUCAAUCAUGGGGUUGACAAUGAUGUCUUGACAGAAUGCCAUAAAACAUGUAUGUAUCACAACACUAUUGUUUUGUGCAUGGUACAUAUGUUACUGUACUUUCUAUUGGGUCUAUAAUUGCUUGCAGCCUGAUCUUGCAAUGUUGCCAGUAAAGUUUGGCAUGAACCUCUAAACACCUAACUAAAAGCGAAGUAAUGUAAUUGAUCAUGCCUGGAAGUGAUAGCACAAGCUGUCAAUGUAAAUAUAUUGAAAAGCAGGCCAACCAUUGUUAGCCACCCAAGCAAAAUCGUUAUAAUCCACACUUGUGUAGCACUGUACAAAUUGCUUUACUGAAAGUCUGAAAUCAACCUAGAGUAUCAAUAACAUUGUCUUAAUUUUAUUGCAAUUUGCAAACUUUUCAGUCUGCAUAUAACCUGUGGUUAUAACAUUGUAUCAAUAUUUCCACAAUUUUUGAAGAUGUAUAAAAUAUUAAUGAGAAUUUCCUUUUCCUUAGUACUAACCAAAGGCCAAAGCGUGAGUGGUUACUAUCGACUACUGGCCAAGUAUGGUGGUUGGGUGUGGGUUCAGACCAAAGCCAGUAUCGUGUAUGCCAGCAAGACCUGCCAACCACAGUUUGUCUUGUGUAUACAUUACGCUAUCAGGUGAGAAUCGGAUCUUAUGUUUUUGUAAUACAAAUUCAGAAUGGAAAAAAUGUUUUUCUGCAAAUGAAAAGUCUCUGCCAAUAAUAAAAUAAGUAAAUCGAUACUGGGAUACUGUAACUGUGUUUAAACUAACAAGUUGUCAAACUGAACGUCAUGCUAUAUUUUAAGGGAAAAUAUUAAUUUCAGUGCACUGAGAAUCUUAAUACUUUUAGGGAUAACAUAUCUGAUCCUGAAGUAAAUACAGAUGCCAAUAAAGGGCACUACUAUGGGGCAUUACCAGGGGGAUCCAUGCUCUCCAAGAGAAUUUUGAAAAUCAGGUGUCCCAGAUUGGCUAAAAUGCAUUUGCCAUACAACAUUUGUUACCUCAUUCUAUAUAUAGUCUAUAUAUACAUUUGUUAUAUACACUGUUGCACUAUUAAGAUGCAUGCACUUAUAAUUGCAUUUCUGAGGUCAUACGGUACAAUACAGGUAACAAUCUUUCUGUUGGUUAGAAUUUUCCCAAUAAAUUUCUCAUUUUAGCUAAAUUUUGCAAUAGUCUUAUUUUCCCUUUCUUGGGGAAAUAUUUUCUGGGAGCUCAAUUUUUUUUUGGCUCCGUGGUUAGGGAACUCGAUGCAGACAUAAUAGUCAUAAUAGACCUUGUAAUCUUUUUUUCUUCUUGGUUUAUGCAAGAAAUGGUCGGUUCAUCGCCAGAGCAACCAAUAGCUUUGCUUUCAUUUAACCAUUGUGUGAUAUCAUGACUGGGUAAUUGAACCAACACAACCAACCUUUGUUGGUUGGGCGAAAAAACCCACAAUAAAAACCACGACAAAAACAUACAUACAUGUACAGUAGAUAAUGAGGUCUGUUAUGUCUGCAUCGAGUUUCCUAACUUUCUUAUUCUAUUGUCUAUGAUAAAACUUGCAACUGAUGGCUGCCGAAGCUGCCAGCUGUGUGCGAGAAUCAUAACUUAUAAAGCAAAACGGAAAUUGAAAUUGUAGCAGUGUAUUAUAAUACUAGACUGUCUGUACCAGUGUAGGUAGUACCAAUGUGAAAAUGCUGUGCUGAGUGGUUAUAUUGCUACCUUAAAAAAUAAGCAGAAACUGGACGUUUCGAGCGAAGGCCCUUUAUCAAGAGUUAGUAGUAUAUUAGUAGUGUUAUAAUACCAUUUUAACCGACAGUUUUUUCUCCGUUUUUCCAGUGGUGUACAAAAGGGUGAAUCUGUGGUUUCACUUGAUCAACUUCAACGUAGCAAAGAGCGCCAAGACUCGCCAACGAACUCACCUAAUGGCAAAGAUAAGUACGUAAGUCUUGUGGAGAAAUUGAUGUCGAACAAUCAUGUGCUUGGUGCAACCUCAAAUCUUACCGAUAUUACGGACAAGAAAUCUGGUGGUCAUGUGGACAUUGAUGCCGGAUACGAAAGUCCGAUCUCCGUGCACGAGGACGAUGACGUUUCACGCGUCUGCACACCUGACUCACAGCGGUCAAAGGAUUCCGGCUGCGAGGACAAUGUCCCAUAUAAAACAGAUUUGUGUGAUAAUGAGAUGGACAUGAAUCCAGAUCAGUUUGCACCAUUUAUUCCUCCGCCUGGCGGGAACACCCCGUUCUUUGCAGAUUGUAUGCAGAUAUGCUCAAUGGACGAGACACUUGGCGAUGAUGACCUCAUGUGGAGCAAUGAAUCAUGGGAAAUUUUAGAGCCUGAAGUGGACAUGCGCACUAUGAAUAACGACGACUUCAAAAGAAACCUUUCUACUCCAAAGUUUUUUCCUUCUGAGGAUGACUUGCCCAUCUUGAAUAGUAAUGAAGUCGAAAUGAGCACGCCUGUUUCAAACCUUCCUUUACUCGAAGGAAACGAGAUUUGGUUUGCUUUGGAUCAAGGCAGAGAGAUCACUGUAUAGUUGGCUUUAUAUGAAAGACAUGAAUUUGGAGUCAUUGAUGACCUGAUAGACAGUAGGAUGCAACACACUACUGAGUACUUUUGGACAACAUGAAUAUGAGGUUAUUCAUUGAUUUCUGAUCAACCUUCCGGUACAACAUAGUUUCAGGAUUUUAAUGUACUGUAUGGCACACAGUAUGAACAGACAAUGUAGUGGAACAGACAAUGUAGAGAUGUACAGAGAGUGACGAUAACACUGAAUUGUGCAUACUUUGGAUUUAAGAAUGUUUUGGCAAGUCCAACAGAGCCUGAAAUAUCGGUCAUUUUCCGACCAAAUCACAGUUUUUCCGACCAAUGCUAAAUCGGUCGGAUAUUUUGUCCGGACAAAAAAAUAGCAAUCAGUUUUCUUGAAAGACCGGGUUAACCAUAAGCUGCAUCCAAUCAUCCCACGAAGAAUACAAAUGGUUAAAUGUAAAUUAAAGCAUUUUAACUACACUGUUUUGUGUUUGGCAUAAAGUAUUAUUGGCUUAAUUUACUCGACGAAGGCAUGGAGUAGAAAUUGAAUCGAAAGAAUGUCCGACCAAAUUUGAAAGUUUCCAAUCAAAUUUCAUUUUGCUCGGACAAAUUUUUAAAUGUGUUAUUUCAGGCUCUGGGAGUCCAACAACAGGAAUUAUGAAAGAUUUUUAGCUUCUAUAUAUUACAGUAUGUUUUUAGUUGCAUUUGAAUUUCUAUGACAGAGGACAGUAGAUUCUAGUAAGAGUUUAUCUCCUGGUAAUUGCAAUUGUUAACUAUAAGGUGGGUUUCUACUGUAGCUUCACUGGGGCCGGUCGAACGAAGGCCUGAUAGUUUAAAUUAAAAAUAUAACAUCUUACCAAAAGGGAGAGUACAGGCGAUCUCCAGUUAUACUAGGGGACACCUUUGUCUUCGGACCUGGUAACUGUGUCCCUCGAAAGUGGUGUCUGUUUUAUAGGGAUGGUUAAGAAUAGUAUUUUAUUAACAUUGGGAUAACCACUUGGAGAGGUAACGACCAUUUUCACUGCAAAUCACGUGGGCUCUAUACAGAACGCGUCCAUGCAGUCACGAUCCAGCGAUCGGAUUGUUCCAUUGUCUUUUCAUUGUUUUGGAAGUCUCUGGCGAAGCCACCACCUUAUUUAACAAUUGCUUUAUUAGAAAUAGUUUGGAUGAAUUGUACAGUUUACCACAUAUGAUAAAAUGUGUCUGGGGACAUUAAACAACAAGGAGUGAAAGUGCUUUCCAGAAUUGGCUGCACUUGUAGUGUACUUGUGUGUUUUAAUAAUUUAUUUGUAGAUUAGGGAUGUGUUUUAAAUAUAACUUGUCGAACAAGAUAAAUGUCGAAUAUCGUCCAAAUUCACAUUUCCAACAUUAAAUUUAGUAUUGGGAAUAUCUAUGGAGCUAACCUUAGCAUGACCAUCCGCCAUCAUGGCUGUUGUUGGUUGUGAUUAUAUAGUCUGCGCGCAGCCGCGCAGGGUAGUUAGUGGCUUACGUCAUCGCUGGUUGUUAUACUUUAAAAUAAUUUUGUAUAUACCGAUAAAUCAAUAUUCCGAGUAUAUAAAUAUAUAAACUGGGAUGUCACACUGAUAGCUUGUUUACAUUUCCUGGAGCAUCAUGAAAUCGUAUGUUUAACCACGGUGGUUUAUCCCAUUAGCUGGCAAUGCGCCCUUCCCUUGUCCAACGCCAGAAGAUUUUACUCGUCAGUGGUAUAGGGUACUGCCAGUAAAUGGGUUAACAAACCUGUCUGCCAAUGGCUCUUGUUAAUUCGUCAACACAGUAAUGGUCCCUACUUUAGUAUUUACCAUGUCCAACGCCAGACGAUUUUUAAUACUCAGUCAGUGGUAGGGUACUGUCAAUAAAUGGGUUAACAAGGAUAACAAUAAUAGGAUGUUUCUGAAGGACUCGUUCAACACCCCUGUAGUUUGUCUUUUGCUGUCAAAGGCAGCAUUACUGCCCUGUGGGUAACCUAGUUUAUUUGUAGAUCAGGAAUGUGUUUUAAAUAUAACUUGUCGAACAAGAUAAAUGUCUCAGAAUUGUCCUAUGAUGUGUGAAUUUAUGAGAGAGUGUUGUAUUUUUUUUAAAACAAUAAAUUUAUGUUUGUGGUGUUACUCGGAGUGUGCAUCCACACCGGGCAAGCUGAAAAGUUUGCCUGACCACGUUGGGAAUCGAAUGCUCUACUACCAACGAGCUGCACAUUUUACAUUUUAUCACUGCACAUUUUACAUUUUAUCACUGCACAUUUUACUUUUAUCACUGCACAAAUUGGUUAUCACUGCACACUAAAAUUAGGUAUGAUGGAAAAGCAUGAAUUAUAAGUUCUGAGUUGUUCCUACAAUCAUGGCAAAAAUUAUGUGGACAAUUGACUCAAAACUCGUUUGCGCAUGUUUCCCCCACCCCCUUGCAAUGUUGAUUGUGAUAAUCUAUUUCAUACAGCUUUACGUUUAACAAAUGUAUUAGCAUUUCAACAUUGAAAGGCGGAGGGGGGGGGGGGAGAUGCUAAAUGCUGUUUUUGCAAGAAUUUGAUAGGGGAAAUGGUGUACUUUCAUUUGCGCGCGCUGUCCACACUAAUUUAUGCCACGAUAUUGUAGAUGCUAAUCUGUCCCAGAGAGUGGUAAUUUAUAAGUCAAACUGGAAGCGUGCUCACAUUUGACUGAGGAAAAAUACAACUGUUUGGAAUGGCGAACCAACUCUAGGCAUUAUGUCAAUUUUACAAGUUAUGACAGCAAUAUUUUUUUGUAUAAAUAUUUUACGAAUUCCCCGUUAAAAUAUCUUGUUUACGAAGGAGAGAGACCGCUUGCGUCAUAAAGCUUGUUAAUAUGUACAUAAAUUAGCUAUUUUUGAAUGUUUACAACAUUGGGGAAAGUACUAAUUGUUAUGUUAAUGUUUCAGAUUUUGACCUGUGGGCAAAUCUCUUCGUAAACAUUCAAUCUUAUCUGGAC